AUGAGCCGAAUUAAGCAUUCGGCUGCGGCCCCUCUGGUCACCCGCCUUCUUCUUCUGGCCUCACUGCCUACCACAGUUUUCGCACACCCUUAUCCUCUGCAAAACGUUGCCAACAACCUGUUCUAUGAACUCGGCGAUAAGUUCAUGCGACGCGAUUGCGUCCAGCGAUGCGGUGUCGAUUCACAGUACUGCUGUGGAUCAGGUGAGCAAUGCUACACUGUGAACAACAUUGCUGGCUGUAGCACCAUCAACGGAGGUGGCGGUUAUGGCAUUUACACCACAACCUGGACAGAGACAAAUACCUUCACCAGUACCAUCACUACCAACUGGCCUGAAACCACAAAGGGGUCAGGUGGAGGUGCUGGAGGAGGUGCUGGAGUUCCAUGCAAACCAAAGAACGCCGGAGAGUCGGCAUGCGGCAGCAUUUGCUGUGCCUCCGACCAGUAUUGCGCCUACGAAGGGCAAUGCGCCCAGAAGGGCUGGGUACCCACGACAAUCUCCUCCAACGGUGUUCCUAUUACGACACAGUUUUCACCUCCCUACCGAGUAACUACUACUACUACUAGACCUACUGGUACAGCCGCGUCGGCGACAUCCACCGGAACAGCGGUGCCCGUUGAUGAGGGGACCGGUGGCGGUUUGAGCGGCGGUGCCAUUGCAGGAAUUGUUAUUGGCACUCUUGCCGGUCUGGGCUUGCUCAUGCUGCUCUGCUUCUGCUGUAUCGCGCGUGGUCUAUGGGGUCUCAUCUUUGGUGGCAAGAAGAAGAAGGAGCGAAGCCGCGAACGUGUCGAAGUAGUUGAGGAGAGAUACUCGCGCCAUGGUAGCCGCAUGCCUUCCGCACACUCUCACCGUCCGUCUCACGGCGGCUGGUUUGGUGGCGGCCGUCCUGCCUCAGCUGCUCACCGCAAGGAAGAGAAGAAGGAAGGUGCCAAGUGGUUGGGGCUGGGUGCUGCCGCCGCAACCCUGCUGGCGCUUUUGAAUCUGAAGAAGGACAAGCCGCCGCGUAAGCCGCGGACAACGUACACUGAUUCGUACUAUUCGUACACGGGGACAAGCCCCAGUGCAGUUCUAGCUCUGGAGGAAGAACCCACCGAACGGGCCAUACGCGUGGCACCCACACCACACGUCACUCACGAAGGUAGCGCACAGAGUUCUUCCCCGAUUUUUAGGCCGCAUAUGAUCUCGAUUGCCUCGUCUAUAAGGCUUUUGAAACCCCGAAUAUGCUUCGAACGUACAUAA